AUGUUCAAUUUCAUUGCGGAGAAGCUCAAUGUAAAGAACUUGGGGGAGCUACUGGCACCGACGCUUACGCCCGAGCAGGAACUCCACGCGGCGAUUGAACAGGGGCUGACGGACAAAGUCCUCCACUUGCUGGACGAAGAGAACGUCGAUCCGAACGCCAAGAACGAAGCGGGGAACCUGCCCAUCCACACAGCAGCAUAUCACGGCCACGUCGAUAUUUUGACGAUCCUUCUGACUCACAAAGUGGACGUCAAUGCUACGUGUCAACGUCAAAACUCUCCAUUGCACUAUGCAGCGGCACAGAGUCGCGACGAAGCGGUUAGGUUCCUGGUGGACAAUGGCGCAAACCCUGCGCUUCGCAACCGCCAGGGGCGCACAGCUUAUGACGUGGCUAAAGGAGACAAUAUUCGUCAGUAUUUGCUUCCACUGCAGUUCCGGCACGAAGACCCCGCACAAGUCGCAUCGCAAUUGCCGCCUGGGAUUACUCCGUCUGUAGACCCAAUGGCGCCUCGUCCGGUGAUUGCGCCUCCGCCACUCAGCGGAGACUACUCGACGAUGCCGAGUCAUUCAAUGAUGGCGGCGCCUCCGCAGCAGAUGCCACAGAACAAUCUGUACGCUGCGGCUACGCAUAGUGCUAUUCCUCGUGGUGGACCGUCGCGGUUUGCUCGUCCGAAGGACUACCGCCCUAUUCAAGCUGAUGGCUUUGGCUCCAGUGUAGGCAACGACGAGCUGACUGCCAAGUUCGGUAACACGCGUGAGGUCAAGGUCACAGCGCCGCCUCCAGGCGCGAUGGCAACGCCCGAAGUUGCGCCGACAGAAAGUGUGCCAGUCAACAGUGUUGCAACGGUUUCUUCCGUUGCUGGUGUGAACCCAUACGCCUCCACGUUUGCCAACAAGCUGCAGCCGUCCUCAACUGGCGGAUAUCCCGGUCAGACGCCUCCAAAUGCUGGCACUGUCGCUCGUGGUCCGCCGCAGUUCAAGAUCUUCAACCCCAAGCUGGCGGAUGCUGCAUCGCCUGGUGGAUCUCCAGCUACGUUUCAACCUCCUGCUUCCGGUUCAGUGGCAGCUCCAAUCGCACCUCCGAACCACUCGCUUUCGUCGUCGUACAUGGCCCAGUCAAAUUCGCCUGGUCAUGAUGAAGAAGUGCAUGUGUCGACCACCGACAGUGUGCUGCAGUAG